UGGGUGUUGCCUCUACGAAGGAUGACGGUUUAUGGUGUCAUUGCACAUUGCCAUCGUCAAGGUUAAACAAAGAAAAUGGUUCAAAAAUAGAAACCACGUUACGUAUAAUGCAAACACGAUAAUUCUGUCAUUCUUGCUGGACGGCGGAGGCUAUGCGACACGACGCGUGCAUCUGACCUUCCUACUGCGCCUCUUAGAUUCUCUAAAGGGGACCGUUAACGGUUGGCGGUGCAAGGUCAAGAGCAUGAACAGAAGGAGUGCUUGGGGAGAUGUAUGUCCAUCCUGCUGCUUAUGGGUUAUCUAAAGACUUUGGCUGGAGGCUCGAAGCGUAUGAUACAGGUGGGUGAUUACGGCCCAGACUGCGGUAGAUCUUGAUUGUCUUUUGCGGUGAUGGCCUUGCGCUGUUCAUCUGUAGUUAACAGUUAACGAAUAGAGUGAGGUGGAUGAAAACGGUUCUACC